GUGGUAUCAACGCAGGACGGAUGCAACGCUUCUUGACCCGCGCGCUCUCGACGUCGAUCCCGCGCACGGCGGUGAAGGACCUUCUGGCGACGGCCCCGGGCGCCGAUGCUAGCGUCUCUGGCUGGGUCAAAUCGGUCCGCCGGCAAAAGAACGUGAGCUUCAUCACGGUCAACGAUGGGUCGUCGUUCCAGAGCCUCCAGGUCGUCUGCGACGGUGGCGACGACUUGGCCAAGGUGACAGUGGGCAGCAGCAUUCGCGCGGUGGGUCGCGUCACGGCCGCGCCCAAGUCGGGCCAGGUCGAGAUUCAUGCGUCCGACGUGCACGUGUAUGGGACGAGCGACGCAUCGACGUACCCGCUCUCCAAGAAGUACCACACGCUCGAGUUUGUGCGCGAGCACCUCCAUUUGCGUCCGCGCACCAACACGUUUGGCGCUGUCACGCGCGUGCGCAACGCGCUCAGCCAAGGACUCCACGCCUACUUUCAGUCGCAGGACUUUGUCCAAGUGCACACGCCGAUUCUGACGUCCAUCGACUGCGAAGGUGCGGGCGAGCAGUUCCGUGUCGAGCGCGAGUCCGGUGCCAAGAAAGAAGAUCCGUUCUUUGGCCUCCCAGCGUACCUCACUGUCUCUGGGCAGCUCCACGCGGAGAUGUAUGCGAGCGCGCUCACCAACGUCUAUACGUUUGGCCCGACGUUCCGCGCAGAGAACAGCAACACGACGCGCCACCUCGCCGAAUUCUGGAUGCUCGAGCCGGAAAUGGCGUUUGCGGGGCUGCCCGAGUGCAUGACGACGGCCCAAGGCGCGGUGCAGAACGCCCUUCGCUUCGCGAUGGACAAGUGUGGCGACGACCUCGCCUUCUUCCACGACCAAGUCGCCAAGGGCAACAAAGAAAAGAACCUGCUCGGGCAGCUCGAAACGGUGCUCUCGACGGACGCGUUCCCGCACUUGACGUAUACGGAAGCCAUUGAUGUGCUCCAGAAGGCGCCCGUGUCCUUUGAUUUGGCGCCCGAGUGGGGGAUGGACCUCAAGACCGAGCACGAACGGUACCUUGCGGAGAAGCACGUGGGCGGCCCCGUCUUUGUGACCGACUACCCAGCCGCGCUCAAGGCCUUUUACAUGCGGCUCAACGACGACACGGAGCCGGACCGCGCGACGGUGGCCGGCAUGGACCUUCUCGUGCCCGCGAUCGGCGAGCUCGUCGGUGGCAGUGUCCGUGAAGACCGCUUAGAUGUGCUGCAGCGCAAGAUGGCCGAUGCCGACGUCGACCCGACGGGUCUCGAGUGGUACCUGGAUCUGCGCCGGUAUGGCUCGGUGCCGCACGCGGGCUGGGGCAUGGGUUUUGAGCGCCUUGUGCUCUUUGCGACAGGCCUGGAAAACAUCCGCGAUGCCAUUCCCGUGCCUCGGUACCCCGGUGCAUGCAAGCAUUAGCGGGCCUCACAAGAAACGAUUUGGUGG